AUGUACUCACUAUUCUGUGAUAUUUGUAGUGUUUUUACUAAAGCAGUAUCACCAGUAUUCUUACUUCUUACUAUUGCAUUGGCUGGUUGUACACCUUUACUUAUCCCAGCUUACAAAGUUCCGAAAUUUUAUGCAGAAAAUAACAUAAAUUGCAACCUUAAUAUGCAUCAAAAAAACUGGGAACAGAAGAAGAUUUGGAAAAGGCUGUGUACGCUGAGUCAAAAGGCUACUAAUGAAAAGAUCAAAGAACCACUAGUUACAAUUCUAGAUAAAAUAAUACAAUCUCGUCCAUUAUCAGCAGGCCGUCCAACAGUUCUGUCAAAGGAAGAUAAACAUAUAAUAGCGAAAACGUUGGGAAUAGUCAACAACUGGGGAUUUCCAAUGACCAAUGCAUAUAUUGCUGAGGUAGGGCACUCUUUAGUUACAAAAGAAGAAAGGUCUGUUCAGGAAUGGAAAGAGAAUAUUCCUGGUUAUGGAUAUGAGUAG